AUAAUUCCGCUUCCGUUUGGAAAGCCGCAGCCUCAGUCCCGCCGCGUCCGCCCAGCUCCAGCUCCGCGUCCGACAGGCCCGCGGCUGUCCGCUCCCCGCUCCCCGCCAUGGCCACCUCUCCGCAGAAGUCGCCCUCUGUCCCUAAGUCCCCCACUCCCAAGUCGCCCCCGUCCCGGAAGAAAGAUGACUCCUUCUUGGGGAAACUCGGAGGGACGCUGGCCCGGAGGAAGAAAGCAAAGGAGGUCUCGGAGCUUCAGGAAGAGGGCAUGAAUGCCAUUAACCUGCCCCUCAACCCGAUCCCUUUCGAGUUAGACCCCGAGGACACGAUGCUGGAGGAGAACGAAGUUCGAACAAUGGUGGAUCCAAACUCACGCAGUGACCCCAAACUCCAAGAACUGAUGAAGGUAUUAAUUGACUGGAUUAAUGAUGUCUUGGUUGGAGAAAGAAUCAUUGUGAAAGACCUGGCUGAAGAUUUGUAUGAUGGACAAGUCCUGCAGAAGCUGUUUGAGAAACUUGAGAGCGAGAAGCUGAAUGUUGCUGAGGUCACCCAGUCAGAGAUUGCACAGAAGCAAAAGCUGCAGACAGUCCUGGAGAAGAUCAACGAAACCCUGAAACUCCCUCCCAGGAGCAUCAAGUGGAAUGUGGACUCUGUGCAUGCCAAGAGCCUGGUGGCCAUCUUGCAUCUGCUGGUUGCUUUGUCCCAGUAUUUCCGGGCACCAAUACGACUCCCAGACCAUGUUUCCAUCCAGGUGGUUGUGGUCCAGAAACGAGAAGGAAUCCUCCAGUCUCGGCAAAUCCAAGAGGAAAUAACUGGUAACACAGAGGCUCUUUCCGGAAGGCAUGAACGUGACGCCUUUGACACCUUGUUCGACCAUGCCCCAGACAAGCUCAAUGUAGUAAAGAAGACGCUCAUCACUUUCGUGAACAAGCACCUGAAUAAACUGAACCUGGAGGUCACUGAACUGGAGACCCAGUUUGCAGAUGGUGUAUACUUGGUGCUGCUCAUGGGGCUUCUGGAGGGCUACUUUGUGCCCCUGCACAGCUUCUUCCUGACCCCAGACAGCUUUGAACAGAAGGUCCUAAAUGUCUCCUUUGCCUUUGAGCUCAUGCAAGAUGGAGGGCUGGAAAAGCCAAAACCACGGCCAGAAGACAUCGUCAACUGCGACCUGAAAUCCACGCUGCGAGUGCUCUACAACCUCUUCACCAAGUACCGGAAUGUGGAGUGAGGACACCCUGCACAGUCCUCCAGCAGCCUUAACCUGCUUGUUCCCACCUCCUGCUCUGUGCUCUCCCACAAGUCCAGCCACUCCCCAGAGAUCAUGGGAACCGAGAUUAUCAAGGAAAUGAUCACUACCAAAAUGGACCACAGCUCCCAGGCCUUGAGGAUAUUCUGCCGGAUCCAGGUUUCCCACAGUGUGAUUUGGGGACCAGCUUAGGCACAAGCAGCACACCCCCAAGAUGAAAAUAAAGAUGAUAGUGGCUGUUUAAUGAGGGUCCGCUGUGUACCAGGCUGAGUGCUCCUGUAUGCUCAAACUCAUCCACCCUCCUGGCUCCCAGUAAGCAGGUGUAUGAUCUCCUUGUACAGACAAGGAAACUGAGGCUCCACCAGGUUAAGUGGCUUGCCAGAGCUGGCAUGUUUUUCCACUUUGAACCUGUUUUAAUAUCUAGCCAGUCACAGUGCAUUCUUUGCACAUGCUCCAUGUGCCUGUAUGUGUAUCGCAUGUGCACAUUUGCACACACGCACCUGUGCUCCCAAAGAGACAGUGGGAGUCCACUGAUCUCACCACCACCUAGGCAGGCUAGGUCACAGCUUAGUGAUUCACACUGGAAGUGGCAAAUCAAAUUUAACCCAAUUACUAGUGUGUGUGUGUGGCAGGAGACUCUUCAACUCCUUUAUACAAAUGAAAAUUACUCUUAAUUCUUUCAGAUUUGUAAUAACCCCAUACUCUGGUUUCAGGGUGACAUUUGGGAAGGAUUCUGUUUAAAAUUAAUGGAGUGGUACAUUUUGCAGGCUUUUUGCUUGAUUGCAUGUAAUGGAAAUGCCCUAUAUUUUCCUGUAAAAUAAGUGCUCAAUUCAUUAUCAUUAGGCAAAUGAACAAUAUAGUCAGACACCGCAGAGAGCUGGGUGCCAGCCCACGUGAGCCCAGCGUGGGAAGUAGGGCUCUUCAACAGGGACCCUUGAACUUUAAAGAAAGCAAUUCCUUUUUGCCUUCUAAUUGAUCAUUUAGACCAUUUCUGGCUCUGUCUGCCCACAUGCAAUUACCAGCUAAUUCAGGCGAGGAAGAAUGUAAGUCAUUUAGCCCAAAGCCGAGCUGUUUCCUUGUGUGGGUUUACUCGUGGGCUUGUGGUUACUUGUAUCCCCCUUCCCAAUAACCCAACUUUGAAAUACAGGACUCUGGUUGUCUCAGGCUCCUGGGUCCUGUAGGAACAGGGACGGAACAGGGCACCUACGGAAACCAGAAGCACCCUGAGACAGAGGGAUCGGGCUUGCACAUAUUUGUAUCCACAAACUGGCCAAGGCCGCGGGAUUAAUCGUUUCUACCAACAUUUAUCUGAUGAUGAACACCAGACUUUGGAUUCUCCUCCAGGGUGCUGCGCCUGCGUGGUCACUGCACCAGGCACAAAGUCCAUGUUGACUCUGAGUCAACUUUGAUCUCUCUUCAUACCACCCAGAGUUAGGAUUCCCUAUUGUGCGAAACAUUUCCUCAGCAUUCCUUGUACUCCUCUAUCUGCAGUCACUUAGAAGCCACAAAGUUAGACAUACUACAUACUUCUUUAGCAUUGUGAGCAUUUAAAAUCUAAAGACAGUGUAUUAUGUUGAUUCAUGUUAAAGGAUACAAUUCUUUUUUAUAUACUUAAUGACAUUUUUCAUUAGGAAAUCCUUAAAAGUAUAAUAUUUCUGUUUGCUCUCUUAAAUUCCUGAUAACAAAUCAAGAUCACCUGUUGCUUUGUCUCCUUGAGGAAUACUAAAUUGGGAUGGAAUAAAAGAAAUGUAUUCAUUUAA